CCGGGCCCGGCGCUCCCCGGCUUCGCCAUGCAGCGCUUUACGGUCAACAUCAAGCUGCCGGCGCGGACCCUGACGGGCGCCCUCAGCCCGCCGAACAGGGGCGCGGCGGACUGGGGCUGGCAAGGUUUGAUUGCAUAUGGAUGUCAUUCUCUUGUGCUGGUAGUUGAUGCCAAUACCGCUCAGACUUUACAGGUUUUGGAAAGACACAAAGCUAGUGUUGUCAAGGUUAAAUGGGCUAAAGAAAAUUACCAUCACAAUAUCGGCUCUCCAUAUUCUUUACGUUUAGCUUCUGCUGAUGUUACUGGAAAAAUAAUUGUAUGGGAUGUGGCAACAGGAACAGCUCGUUGUGAAAUACAAGAACAUGCAAAACCAAUUCAAGAUAUGCAGUGGUUGUGGAAUCAGGAUGCAUCCAGAGAUUUACUGCUUGCAGUUCAUCCACCAAACUAUAUUGUACUGUGGAAUGCAGACACAGGCACCAAACUCUGGAAGAAAAGUUAUGCUGAAAAUAUCCUGUCUUUUUCAUUUGACCCCUUUGAUCCAUCGCAUUUGGCUUUGCUCACCAGCGAAGGAAUAGUCUUCAUCUCUGACUUCUCACCUUCCAAAGCUCCUGCCAGCUCAGGGAAGAAAGUUUACAUCUCUAGUCCCCAUUCCAGUCCUUCUCACAAGCUGGCUGCUGCUACAGGGGCCAAAAAGGCCCUCGAUAAAGUAAAAAUCUUAAUCAGUAAUGAAAAACCAAGUGCUGAAUCUGUAACACUUAAUGACUGUCUUCAGUUGUCGUAUCUGCCUUCCAAAAGAAACUACAUGCUGUUAUUGUAUCCCAGAGAAAUUCUGAUUCUUGACUUGGAGGUGAAUCAGACAGUGGGUGUGAUUGCAAUUGAAAGAACAGGAGUGCCUUUCUUACAGGUAAUUCCUUGCUUUCAGCGUGAUGGGUUAUUUUGCUUACAUGAAAAUGGUUGUAUAACUUUAAGAGUUCGCAGAUCUAACUGCAGUAUAACUGGAACUCCAAAUGAAGAGCCAGAUCCAGACCCAGUUCAGGAGCUGAUUUAUGAUUUAAGAAGUCAGUGUGAUGCAAUCAGGGUAACAAAAACAGUUCGACCCUUCAGUAUGGUGUGUUGCCCAGUGAAUGAGAAUUCUGCAGCUCUCAUAGUCAGUGAUGGCAGGGUAAUGAUCUGGGAAUUAAAAUCCAGUAUUGCUGGCAGAAAUGUGCGUAACAGCAGUUCAAGUGCAUCACCUUUGUAUUCCCCAGUCUCGUUCUGUGGGAUUCCUGUAGGAGCAUUCCAAAAUAAACUUCCAGACCUCUCAUUAGACAGCAUGAUUGCAGGGCAAAGCACAAUUGCUGGAGAAGAACAGUUAAAGAGUCCUUAUCUGCAAGAAGUACACCUCAAAUUUCUGCUGACUGGACUUCUGUCAGGACUGCCUCUGCCUCCCUUUGCUAUCCGCAUGUGCCCACCUCUUACAACAAAAAACAUCAAACAGUAUGAGCCAAUCCUUGCUGUUGGUACAAGUAAUGGGUCUGUCCUGGUGUUUCAUCUUACAAGUGGACUCUUACACAAAGAGUUAAGCAUCCACUCCUGUGAAGUCAAGGGAAUUGAGUGGAUAAGCUUGACUGGGUUUAUUUCCUUCGCCACAUCAACACCUAACAAUCUGGGGCUAGUAAGGAAUGAGCUGCAGCUCGUGGACCUACCAACAGGCAGGAGCAUUGCAUUUCGUGGGGAGCGAGGUAAUGAUGAGCCAGCUAUUGAGAUGAUAAAGGUGUCUCAUUUGAAGCAGUAUCUAGCUGUGGUAUUUAAAGACAAGCCACUGGAGAUCUGGGAUGUCAGAACAUGCACUCUGCUCAGAGAAAUGUCUAAAAACUUCCCAAUAGCGACUGCUUUGGAGUGGUCACCUUCUCACAACCUAAAAAGCCUGAGGAAGAAGCAGUUAGCAGCCCGUGAGGCCAUGGCCCGGCAGACGGUUGCAUCAGAUACUGAGGUUAGCAGCGUGGAAUCUUCUGUGAUCAGCUUAUUACAGGAAGCCGAAAGUAAAUCAGAGCUGAGCCAGAAAAUUUCUGCCAGAGAGCACUUUGUGUUUACAGGUGCUGAUUGGCAGGUUUAUCAUCUCACAGUAGAAGGAAACUCAGUAAAAGACAGUGCAAGAAUUCCUCCUGAUGGAAGUAUGGGUAGCAUUACAUGUAUUGCCUGGAAAGGAGAUACCCUGGUUCUUGGAGAUGUUGAUGGAAACUUAAACUUCUGGGAUUUAAAAGCUAGAGUAUCCAGGGGGAUUCCUACACACCGAAGCUGGGUGAAAAAGAUCCGUUUUGCCCCAGGCAAAGGAAAUCAAAAACUUCUUGCAAUGUACAAUGAUGGAGCAGAAAUUUGGGAUUCCAAAGAGGUACAAAUGGUGAGCAGUUUAAGGAGUGGAAGGAACGUCAAUUUCCGAAUCUUGGAUGUGGACUGGUGCACUUCAGACAAAGUGGUCUUGGCAUCAGAUGAUGGGUGCAUUCGAGUUUUAGACUUGUCCAUGAAACCGUCAUGUUUUAGAAUGGAUGAACAGGACUUAAUAGAACCUGCUUGGUGCCCCUAUCUGCUUGUUCCAAGGGCUUCAUUAGCUUUAAAAGCAUUCUUGUUGCAUCAGCCGUGGGAUGAGAAAUAUUCUCUAGAUAUUAUAAACACUGAUUAUCCAGAGAAUGAAAAUAUUAAAAACCUCCUUCAAGAGCAGUUGAAUUCGUUGUCCAAUGACAUAAAGAAACUUUUGCUUGAUCCAGAUUUUACUCUCUUGCAAAGAUGCCUCCUAGUUGCCAGACUGUAUGGGGAUGAAUCUGAACUGCAUUUCUGGACUGUUGCUGCCCACUAUCUGCACAGCUUAUCCCAAGAAAAGCCAGCAAAACAAAUAGACACAGCUAUCCUUCAAGAACAGUUGGUCAAUCCCUUGGAUAUAUGCUAUGACAUACUGUGUGAAAAUCACUACUUCCAGAAAUUUCAACUGGAAAGGGUGAAUCUCCAGGAAGUGAAGAGAUCGACAUAUGAUCAUACCAGGAAAUGUGCUGAUCAACUUCUUCUCUUGGGCCAGACUGACAGAGCAGUGCAACUGCUGUUAGAAACAAGUUCAGAGAAUGCACAUUAUUACUGCGAUUCACUCAAAGCUUGUUUGGUCACAACUGUCACCUCAUCAGGUCCAUCUCAAAGUACCAUUAAACUGGUAGCAACCAACAUGAUAGCCAAUGGAAAGCUUGCAGAGGGUGUACAGCUACUGUGUCUGAUUGAUAAGGCUGCUGAUGCCUGUCGUUACUUGCAAACUUAUGGCGAAUGGAAUCGUGCAGCAUGGCUUGCAAAGGUUCGUCUGAACUCAGAGGAGUGUGCUGAUGUGUUAAAGCGCUGGGUAGAUCAUCUUUGCUCUCCACAAGUCAACCAGAAGUCCAAAGCCAUUCUUGUCCUGUUGUCACUUGGAUGCUUUACAAAAGUUGCAGAGAUGCUGCACAGUAUGAGAUACUUUGAUAGAGCAGCUUUAUUUGUGGAAGCUUGUCUGAAGUACGGGGCAUUUGAAGUUAAUGAUGAUACAAAUAAAUUGAUCCAUGCUGUGUAUGCGGAUUAUGCCAGAAGUUUGAAGCUGCUGGGCUUUAAGCAGGGAGCUCUUCUCUUUGCCUCAAAAGCAGGGGAAAGUGGUAAAGAGUUACUGACUGAGCUCAAACAGCCUAAAGAAGUGACACAAGAGUAAGAAAUUCAUGUUCCUGGCAGAGAUCUGGGUUGUCUGUCAGACUGAGAUUCUGCUGUGUGAAAGCACACUUUUCUCCCGGAUCACUGUAAUAACUGGUAUGUGUGAUUUGAGCAAAUAUUGUUAGAUGUGGGUGGAGGUGAGAUCAAGGACUGUUUCAUGUUCAUUUUUGUGUUGAAAUUGUCUUCACUUUCACGAGAGGGGAAAGGAGCCCAUGAUAAAAUUAUACAAGAAUAUUUCCAACUUUUUCAACUCUAGCAGAAAUCAAAUUGAAAAAUGUGCUGAAAGAGUUCUAUACAUGUGUAAAAGUCUCGUCCAUUUAAGUCUAAAAAUCAAAUCUUUCUGGUUCUUUACUGCUGUUGUAUUUAUAUGUAUAAAUGAGUCAAUCUGUACUAUAAAAAUAUAAAUAUAUUU